GUCAAAUAGAAAAUAGACAAUAUGGCGGCUUCAGUGAGUGAAUUUGAGCCGUGGUUAAGUGCAAAGUUAAAAUCAUUGAAAACUGAUGAAGGAGUUUUCGGAAACUAUAUAUCUGGUAUAUUAGAAAGCGAAGAUUCUGUCGACGAAAAGAAAGAUGCUCUGGAGGGUAUACUUUCCGAAAUUUUGGAAAGUGAUAUAUCAGAACAUAUUAAUGAAAUAAUAGAGAAAUGGGAGUCAUGUAAGCCCAAAGAAGUGUUGAAACCUGUGGCUGAUGUAGACAUCCAAUUAGCGAAGCUGUUAGAGUCACAGUCACUUGCAACCACUACACGGCGAGAAUAUACUGAUGAGGAGAAAAAAAUACGGGAAGCAAUUUUAUCUCAAUAUAGUCAACUUUCAGAUAAUGAGGAAGAUCAGUGCAAUGCUGAAGAACCGGAAAGCUCCGAUUUGGUGAAGAACACAAAUGCCCUGGAUGUUGCUGCUGCUGCUAAAGAAAGAAGGGAGCAAGCCAGACUUGAGGCUCAGCGUAAAAAGGAAAAAGAUAGAGAAGACAGGGAAAAACAGAAACAGCUUAAAGAAGAAAAGAAGGAAAAGCGUAAGACACAAAAAGGUGAAAGGAAGAGGUAGCCUUCAAAACAUGCAAAAUAAAGAGCUAUGCUGCUCAUUAUUAUUGUAUGAAAUGUUGUUAAAAUAUCCUAGAUAACACAAACUUCAAUUAUGAUUUUUAAUAUUGUAUCCUUGUUUGAUGUGGAAAUCAUCAUGGAGAGACAAUUAUGGUUAUGUAAAGCUAUAUUAAGUUUUAUACAAAGAAGAAUUGUAGAAUUCAAUGUUUAAAAUGUUCAUGUUUUACUUUUCUCUGUGCACAGAUAAAGAAAGAGACAAUGUGUUAUCUGAUGCACAAUCAACAAUAUUUAAAAAAGAAUUACACAUUAGUGGCUAAACUGAAUGUGAUAGGUUUUUAACAAUUUAUUAAAAAAAGUCUUUUUACAUUAAAAAGUAUAAAAAUAAAUUCAACAAAUUUUUUAUCAAUGUUUGCAUAGUCAUUUAAAACUUCAUAAAACUGUCAGUUUUAUUUUUUAUGAUGAAUUUACAAUUACUGAGGAAAAAAGGAAGUAAUAUAUAAAACUUUAUUUCAUUGAAAAAAUAAUGAGCACUCAAGGUAGAAAAUGUAUCUAACAACUGAAAAAUUACUUUCUAAUUUGCAAAUCUGUAUUUAAAUAACUUUUAAUUAGUAUUUACUUCUCAUAUCACGCACAUCUAAAUGUUAAAAAAAUGUCAUAUAGAUUAUAAAUAAUAUUUUUUUAAUUAGUCUCAUUGUAUUGUGCAUGCACAUUGCAGUUUGUUUUACUUAUAUUUCAUUUGUUGAAAAUUGAGAAGCUAACAUAGUCUAGGUUAAUUUAAAGGCACAUUUUAUUGCAGUCAGUAUGUAAUCUUUUUAAGAUAGUUUUCCUAUAAGUGUCAUAAAUUGAUAAUUUUAUUAUGAGCUUACUUAAUAAUUUUAUGGUUUGUUGAAAAAUGUAUUGUUUUUUUGUCAUAAAUGUUAUGCAUACAGUUUAUUAAAUACUAAAAGGGAGUAAAUAGCAUAUAACAAGAUGCCAAGAAAGAAAAUUGUGUAUUUUCAUGCUAGCUUAUAUUUUUUUAAUAAAACAUCUCAUAUUAGAAAUUUAAUGUCCUGACUAAGCAUAUUUAGUCAUAAUAUACCAGUGUUAUUUUGAGACUUUAAAAACUUUUAGACGACAAAAAGUUUUGGCCUAUGAAGAAAGAAUAGCUUUCAUAAAUAUAGAGCAAAAUUAUAUUUUGUUGCAACCAACUGC